AUGGCAAUGCUGAUAUAUACCCUCAUCCUGGGCCUUUUAGGCAUCGCUUGGCUGCAUAUUCUCUGGCGAGUUGGCUACGACUCUUUCCUCGAAAUUUACGAAAUCCUUCAUCGUAAAGGCUGGAUACGCCUAGCCGAGCCCUUCCUCAUACUCUCCAUGGCCUUUACCUCAGAAGCAUCCAAGCGUGAGCAAAAGAUAUGGAUCUCCGAGUGGCGCAGCAUCCAGGACAAGGAAGAAGAGACCAUGCAACGCGGGUUCUACCUGCUUGACGAAGAAGUCAGUCUGUUUGACAACGAGUUCUUAGAUAUCGAUCCAGAGCUACAGACAAGGCUCGCGCAGGUGCAGAAAGAACACGACCACAUCAUUCUCGAUCUUAUGGAUCUGGGACGCGACAAAUGCCACUUGCAAGAUAUUAAGCCCGAUGGAGCCUGGACGAGAUAUCGUUCCGAAAAGCCCGAUAUCAGCCUUGACAGUGAGAAAAAGCGCUGUGCUCUGAGAUAUGGUUGUUGUUAUCGUGAUUGCGGAUGCUGUGAGAAGGCCCGUGAAGGCACGUUCAACGGAAAUAUUUGCAGGCUGGAGUCUCAUUGCACGGACUUUUGUGGGUGUUGUGUUCGGUAUAGGGAAUCUCUGAAGGUGGCGAGGGAGCCGGAGCCCAUUGUGUCCAGAGACUUGCUCGAGGACAAAGACGUUGAGGAGAAGACAAGGGAAAGGCUUCACGAACCUUCCGAGCCCGAGUCCCUCUUUACACAGCUCCCUUUCUCCACAGAAACCCCACCUACUUCUUCCGAUGACAACGACAGCGAGGAGACAAGAGGGAGGCCCUACGGGUCUUUUAACACCGACGUUCAUUCUUCAAGCCUCCCUUUCUCCGCGGAAAACCGACCUACUUUUGUAGGAGAUCGUUGUUCCUCUGCAAGGAAACGUCCCGCCUCUUCCGUGGAUGACACUUUCCCGUACCAGGAAGAGUGUACUUUGCUAGAUGGUCCCGGGACAAAGACUUGUGCAAGAGAAACCGUUACGUACCGAGGGUUGUAA